GUUUUACAUAGAAGGUGGUGUACUUACAAUAAUGAUGGGGGCCCAAAACUCUAACAGGUCAUCCUCCUAUACAACCACCUCUGUGUCCAUGAAGAGUGACAAGUCCAUGGGUCGACCAAUCACCUUUAGAGGAGGAGAUUCUUCCACUGAACAGAUGAGGGACGCAAGUUCUAACAGUAGAUCACCCUCCCCUACAAUCACAUGUGUGGUUGAAAGAGAGAAGAUUGAUUGGUCCAUGGCUCAAACAAUGACCUUUAAAAGUGGAGACUCUUCUACUGGAAACAGAUAUCAGCAGAUCCACAAAUCCCACCUGCAGAAGAAGUUCCAAUUUGAGGGAACCAUAAAUCAGGGACACCCCACAUCUCUCAGACUUACCUACACAGAGCCCCACAUUACAGAAGGAGGAGGAGAGGUCAAUGAUGAACAUGAGGUCAGACAGUUAGAGAGAGCAUCCUGGAGAGAAUCAGCACAAGACUCACCAAUCAAAUGCAGUGACAUCUUUAAACCCUUAUCUGGACAAGACAAACCCAUCAGAACAGUGCUGACAAAGGGACUCGCUGGCAUUGGAAAAACAGUCUCUGUGCAGAAGUUCAUUCUGGACUGGGUUGAAGGAACAGCCAAUCAGGACAUCCACUUCAUAUUUCCUCUUCCUUUCCGGGAGCUGAACCUGAUGAUGGAGAAAAAAUUCAGUCUGGUGGGUCUUAUUCAGCACUUUUUUCCAGAAAUCAAAGAUCACAGAGUCUUCACUUGUUCAAACAACAGAUCAAUGUUCAUCUUUGAUGGUCUGGAUGAGUGUCGACUUCCUCUAGAUUUCAACUCACACCCAAAGUGUUGUGAUGUGACAGAGCCAGCCUCAGUGGACGUGCUGCUGACAAACCUCAUCAGGGGGAAUCUGCUUCCCUCUGCUCUCCUCUGGAUCACUACCCGACCAGCAGCAGCCAACCGGAUCCUUCGUAAGUGUGUGGACCAGGUGACAGAAAUAAGGGGAUUUAAUGACCCACAGAAAGAGGAGUAUUUCAGGAAGAGAAUCAGUGAUGAGAACCUGGCUAGCAAAACCAUCACACACCUGAAGUCAUCCAGGAGCCUCUACAUCAUGUGCCACAUUCCAGUCUUCUGCUGGAUUUCAGCCACUGUUGUAGAGAGGGAAUCAGAGAGUUUAGAAAUGCCAAGGACUCUGACUCAAUGGUACACACACUUCCUGAUCAUCCAGACAAACAUGAAAAGGGACAAGUUCACAGACAGAAAAGAAAGAGAUGAAGAUGUGAUUUUCAAUCUGGGGAAACUGGCCUUCCAACAGCUGGAGAAGGGCAAUCUGAUCAUCUAUGAGGACGACCUCAGAGAGUGUGGGAUUGAUGUCACAGAAGCAUCAGUGUACUCAGGAGUGUGUACUCAGAUCUUCAGAGAGGAGCCUGGGCUGUACCUGGGGAAGGUGUUUAGUUUUAUACAUCUGAGCAUCCAGGAGUUUCUUGCAGCUUUAUAUGUGUUUCUCAGCUUAAACAACAGACAGAUAAAUAUGCAUGACCAACCACAACCCUCUCAGCUCUCUGCUCUGUUCAGAGCUGCAACACUUCAUGACCUACACACGACUGCAGUGGAGCUGGCCUUGCAGAGUAAAAAUGGACACCUGGACCUAUUUCUCCGCUUCCUUCUGGGCCUCUCACUGCAGUCCAAUCAGAAUCUCUUAAAGCACCUACUCCUAAAGUGCAGUAGCCAAUCAGAUAGCUCAGAGCAAACAGUCCAGUGUGUCAAACAAAAGAUCAGAGAUCAGAGUAGCUCAGAGAGAAGGAUCAACCUGUUCUACUGUCUGAAUGAGCUGAAUCACCAUGCUGUAGUGGAGGUCAUUGACAAGAGCUCAGGAACUCUAUAUGUAGACACACUGUUACCAGGAGAAUGGAAAACUCAGAGAUUUGAGUUUGAGAUGUCAGAAGAGCAGCUAGAUGAGUUUGACCUACAGAAGUACAUAAAGACACCAGAAAAAGAUCAGACUGAACUCCUCAGUCCAGAUGAUGUUCUUCAGAAGCUGGUGCCAGUGGUCACAACAUCCACAUCAGCUCAUUAAAUCUAUUGUUCUGUUUCAGGCUGAGGGACUUGUAAUCUGACAGAGAAGAGCUGUUCCUCUCUGGCCUCUGCUCUGACUGCACACUCCUCAAGUCUCAGACUGCUGGACCUGAGUGGCAAUGAGCUGCUGGACUCAGGAGUGGAACUUUUAUGUUCUGCUCUUUGCUUUCAAAACUGCAAACUGGAGGAACUUCAGCUGAAUAGCUGUAAUCUGACAGAGAAGAGCUGUUCCUAUCUGACCUCUGCUCUGACCUCAAACUCCUCAAGUCUCAGACUGCUGAACCUGACUAGCAAUGACCUGCUGGACUCAGGAGUGGAACUUCUAUGUUCUGCACUUUGUCAUCAAAAUUGCAAACUGGAGGAACUUCAGCUGAUUGUCUGUAAUCUGGAAGAGAAGAGCUGUUCUUAUCUGGACUCUGCCCUGACCUCACACCCCUCAAGUCUCAGACUGCUGGACCUGAGUGAUAAUGAGAUGCUGGACUCAGGAAUGGAGCAUUUAUGUUCUGCUCUUUAUCAUCAAAACUGCAAACUGGAAAAGUUAAAGCUGAAUGGCUGUAAGCUGACAGAGAAGAGCUGUUCCUAUCUGACCUCUGCCCUGACCGCACACUCCUCAAGUCUCAGACUGCUGGACCUUAAGGGCAAUGAGCUGCUGGACUCAGGAGUGGAACUUUUGUGUUCUGCACUUUGUCAUCAAAACUGCAAACUGGAGGAACUUUGCCUGAUUGGCUGUAAUCUGACAGAUAAGAGCUGUUCCUACCUGGCCUCUGCUCUGACCUCACACUCCUCAAGUCUCAGACUGCUGGACCUGAGAUACAAUGACCUGAGUGAAUCAGCUGUAGAGCAGCUCUCUGUUCUAGUGAAGGACACGCAUUGUAAACUGGAGGACCUAGAGUGAGUAAAUAACUCACUCAGUUCUUUAGAACACGAGACCCAACAUGUCUGUCUUGAGAACACGAGACCCAAAAUGUCUCUCUUUAGAACACAAGACCUAAUAUGUCUGUCUUUCAAUCCUCUCUAUCUCUCCCUCUCUCCCUCUCUCUCUUUUUGCUUUUCGCUGCCUCAGUACAGCCUCUUCUUUAUCUGACUGGCACAUCUUUUGUUUUUUCUUUCUUUCUUUGUAUUUUGCUUCGAUGUUCUAUCUCUCUCUGAAAAUGAUAGUCUUGUAUGCUACACAUACUGUGUGUGUUUAUGUGACUGUGUUCUAUCUCUCUCUGA